CCUCGCACCCCGGACGGACGGACGGACGGACGCGAUGGCCUGGCGGGGGCUGGCGGUGGCCACCAUCCUGCAGGCCCAGCUCCUGCCCGCGGAGGCCCAGAGCUUCGGCCUGCUGGACCCCCGGCUCUGCUACCUGCUGGAUGGUUUCCUGUUCAUCUAUGGCGUUGUCAUCACCGCCCUCUUCCUGAGGGCCAAGUUCGGCCGCGGUGGGGAUGGGCCCAUGGAUCCGUCGGGCCACAACCAGGUCUACAUUGAGCUGGGCACAGGCGGGCGAGACGAGUAUGACGCGCUGUACAAGGGCCUCGGCCAGAACCCCGAGGGCAGGGGCAAGCAGAGAAGGACGCCCCACCAGGAAGGCCUGUACAACGCCCUGCAGAAGGACAGGAUGGCGGAGGCCUACAGCGAGAUCGGCAUGAAGGGAGAGAACCAGCGCCACAGAACCAAGAACCACGACGGCCUCUACCAGGGGCUCAGCACGGCCACCAAGGACACCUACGACGCCCUCCACAUGCAGGCCCUGCCGCCCCGCUAGCGCCCGGCUUCCGGCCCCCAGACCAGGCCCCCCUCCCCCCCGACACUCACCCUCACGGGCCCUGUGAGGUGCCCCGUCCUCAGGGAUGCGUGGACACAGCCUGUUUGGGGACUCUGGGGGGCCUGGCGCUGCUGUAAAUUCGCCUGCUGCUGUCCGCCUGUGUCCGCCAGGGGGCCCGGGGACAGGCCGCCGCUGAGGCCGUGUGGGGAGGCCCCGAGGCUGCGCUGACCAUUGGCUACGCCAGCCCCGCUGCUCUCAAUAAAUG